AACUAUGUUUAAUAGAAAAAAAAAUUAUAUUAUUUGGUCAAUAUUAAAAUUUAGUAGUAAUUUAAAUUUUGCUGUUAUAUUAUUAUUUACAAUAGCAUUUACAAGUUUUUUAGGAACAAUUAUAGAACAAAAUCAGUCAAUAGAAUAUUAUAAAAUAAAUUAUCCAGAAUAUUAUAUUCCUUUAUUUUCUUGGAAGACAAUUCUAGUUUUAGGUUUGCACAAAAUCUAUACUAGUUGGUGGUAUAUUUUAUUAUUAAUUUCAUUGGGGAUUAGCCUUUUAAGUUGUACAUUUUUAAAUCAAUUGCCAUUAUUAAAUUUGGCUAAGAUAAUUAAGUUUUAUUCUAAUCUUAAUACAUUAAAGAAUUUUCCUUUAAUUAUCGAGAUUAAAAAUAAUAUCUUAUCAAAAUAUAUAUAUCAUUUUUUACAAAAACGGUAUGUUAUUCUUCAACAUAAAAAUCAAUUAUAUUUUUAUAAUGGAUUGUUUAGUAAAAUAGCUCCGAUUUUUGUACACAUUAGUAUCAUAUUAAUUUUAAUCGGAGCUAUUUUAGGUUUUUUAAUGGGUUUUACAGUUCAAGAAAUGAUUGUGGAAACAGAGAAUUUUCAUCUUCAAAAUAUCAUAAAUGCCGGGCCUUUAAGUAAAAUUCCGCAAAAUUUUUUCCUAAAGAUUAAUAAAUUUUGGAUAGACUAUAAUAAUGAUGGCAGUAUAUCACAAUUUUUUUCAGAUAUAUUGCUGUAUGAUAAUUUAGGGAAUAAAUUAUAUGAUAAAAGAAUAUCUGUAAAUAAUCCACUAAGAUAUAAAAAUAUUACCUUCUAUCAAACUGAUUGGAAUUUACAAGCAAUUAGAUUAGAUAUCAAUAAUAUGCAUUUAGAAUUACCUUUGAUUGAAGUAGUAAGAAAGAAUAAUAAAAUUUGGAUUAGUCAAAUUCAAUUAGAUCAUAAAAACUUUUAUAUAGUAGUUGAAAAAUUGAAUGAUAUUAUUUAUCUUUAUGAUGAAAAUAAGUAUUUAAUAAAUACAUUAAAAAUUAAUGAAGAUAAAAGAAUUAGUUUAGAUGAUAUUAACGACAAUGUUAGUUUAAAAGUAAAAAAAAUUAUUCCUAGUACGGGUAUACAGAUUAAAUCCGAUCCUGGUUUAGCUAUAGUAUAUUUAGGUUUUUUUCUAUUAAUGAUUAGUACGGUUGUUAGCUAUUUUUCAUUUAACCAAAUUUGGUUAUUAAUAAAUGAUAAAAACAGUAUUUACUUAACAGGACAAACCAAUAGAGCUAAAAUUAGUUUUAAACAAUAUUUAUUAAAAAUCACAAAAAAAAUGUAGAAAAUUCUUCAAUAAUUUUUUUACCACUAACAGUUAAAAUACUUUCAGGAUGAAAUUGAAUACCAUAAACAUUCUUAUAUAUAGAAUGAUUUAUUCCCAUAAUAAUAUGGUCAUCGCUCCAAGCAUUUACACAUAAAGAAUUAGGUAAAUUU